UGUUGGGUAUUUUUCUUUUCUCUUAUAAAAAUGGCCUCUUUUCAUCAGUGAUGUUGCGAAAUUCUCCCAUCUGCUUCUCACUGAUCUCCAUUUCCAUUCCAUGGCUUCCACUGAAUCAUCCCCUUUCAAGAAAAUUCAGAUUCAAAGGGAUGACACUACAUUUGACGCAUAUGUGGUUGGAAAAGAGGAUGCUCCUGGAAUUGUUGUGAUUCAGGAGUGGUGGGGUGUGGAUUACGAAAUUAAGAACCAUGCCGUGAAGAUUUCUCAGCUUGGUAGUGGGUUUAAAGCUCUUAUUCCAGAUUUAUACAGAGGAAAGGUUGGUCUGGAUGUUGCUGAAGCUCAGCAUUUGAUGGAUGGUCUUGAUUGGCAAGGUGCUGUGAAGGAUAUUGCUGCUUCGGUUAACUGGCUUAAAGCAAAUGGCUCAAAGAAGGCUGGUGUAACUGGAUUUUGUAUGGGAGGUGCUCUCUCUAUUGCCAGUUCUGUCUUGGUUCAAGAGGUUGACGCUUCUGUAGCAUUCUAUGGAGUUCCUGCUUCUCAACUUGCUGACCCAGCACAAGCCAAGGCUCCUGUUCAGGCUCAUUUUGGAGAGCUGGACAAUUUUGUUGGCUUUUCAGAUGUUACAGCGGCCAAGGCAUUGGAAGAGAAGCUGAAGGCAUCCGGAAUUCCACAUGAGGUACAUAUCUAUCCUGGCAAUGCACAUGCAUUCAUGAACAGGUCAACUGAAGGAAUCCAGAGGAGGAAGAACAUGGGAAUGCCUGAUGAAGAUGAAGCUGCAGUUCAGCUUGCUUGGUCUCGCUUUGAGACAUGGAUGACCCGUUAUCUGUCUAGUUAGAUAAUUUCCUAGCUAGCUCAAUUCCGAAGUCACAUGCUGCAUGUGUAUUCCACCUUUUAAGUGGUUAUAUUGAACCCGUUUUAAUGGCCCCACAAACUGUGGAGACCCUGCUGCUUGCUACACUUCAUUUAUUUCCUGAAGUUUGGAUGCAUGUGUGAAAUUUGAGUUGGAAAUAAUAUUGAAAUAUUUGUGGCUUUUCUUCAAUUAAGUAAAUUAUUUGUGCUA